CAGUUUCUUACUCUUUCCGGUGUUGCGUUUGUUUGGCAAUAUGGCGGCAGAGAACUUGGCUGUUUGGCCCGAAAUUGAAAAGGUAGAAAAAGAAAACAGAAGAGAGUUGGUUCUUCAAGGUGGAGCAGUCGAUGAGAAGAUAAAGAAAAGCGGCGGGAUUCAUCAGAGACUUUAUUCACUAAACCUCCUCAAUUACCUGGAAAUCAGUCAGUGUCCGAGUCUGCAUGAGCUCCAUGAAAACAUUAAAAACCUGUCUCACCUGCAGAGCCUCGUCCUCUGCAGGAACAAGAUCUCCUCAGUGCCCAGGAGCAUCGGAGAGCUGAAAUGGCUGAAAGUCUUGGACUUGUCAGUGAACGAGCUGCAGGCUUUACCGGAGGAGAUCUGUUGUCUCAGCGAGCUCACCACGCUGAAUGUGAGCUGUAACAGCAUCGCGGCUCUUCCGGACGGGUUAAGCCGCUGCACCAAGCUGUGCAGCAUCAACGUGGGGAAGAACGCGCUGGUGUGUCUUCCUGAAGACCUGUUCUCCCCCAAACUGGAGCUGCUUAACACUGUCAUAGCGUCAGAAAACAUCAUCGAGCAAUUAAGCAGUGACAUCCACAACCUGCCGGCGCUGAAGGUGUUGGACCUUUCCAGCAACAAGCUCAGUGAGAUCCCAUUCAAGCUGGCUGACUGCCCCAAGCUGAAGGACAUCAACUUCAAAGGAAACAAGCUGAAGGACAAGCGGCUGGAGAAGAUGGUGAACGGCUGCCAGACUAAGUCGGUGUUGGACUACCUGAGAGUAGGGGGCCGAGGGAAAGGAAAGGGCAAGCAGCUUGACACAGAUGGUGCUGAGCAGAGUGACAGGAAUCGGAAUGUCUCCAAAAAGAAGAAUGCUGCUAAACAGAGGGAUAAAAAGGAGGAAGAUGCAGUGGAUGAGUUGCAGAAAAUGGUUGUUAAAAUCCUUCAUGUAUCUGAUUCCCCCUCUGCCAUAACGGUGAAAGUCUCUCCUCAGGUGAAAGACGUGAGGCCGUAUAUAGUAUGCUGCAUCGUUAAAGGGAUGAACCUGAAACCAGGGAAUGCCCUCAAGAGGUUCUUAGCAGCUCAGACCAAACUUCAUGAUGACAUUUGUGCCAAACGGACAACAGCUACUAUUGCAACUCAUGACCUGAGCUCACUGAAAGCCCCUCUACAGUAUGAUGCCAGACCUCCUGAGGAUCUGAAGAUAGUUCCUCUGGGUCGUAAAGAGAUGAAGGCCGGUAACCUCCUAAGGAUGCUCCAGCAAGAGGCAGAUGAGCAGAGGAAACAGAAAAAACGGCAGAAUGUGUCAGGCCUUCACAAGUACCUUCAGCUGUUGGAUGGGAAAGAUCAUUACCCUUGCCUGGUUGAUGCUGAUGGUCAUGUGAUCUCAUUCCCUCCAAUCACAAACAGUGAGAGGACAAAGAUAAAAAAGACUACAAGUGAGCUUCUCCUAGAGGUCACAAGCGCUACGAGUUUACAAACUUGUAAGGACGUCAUGGACAUGCUCAUUAUAAAAAUGGCGGAGCUGAAUAAGUUUACCUUUGACAACAGAGAGGAGACCUGUUCAGAUGACGAGACAGUCUCAGACUCUAACCCAGCGACAGACAGCUUAGCUUCACCUGAGUUGAGUGUGGUGCAGGUGAAGGUGGUGGACAUGGAGGGCAAUCUGAAGGUCUUGUACCCGUCUAAAACUGACCUGAAUUCUGAUGUCAGCCAUCUGAACAUCAUCCGGUAACCAGCUUCAACAGACAAGCCGUGAAUACUGUGUGAAACUAGUAGCUGUAUAAAUAAGACCAGUAUCACUAUGUGUGUGUGUGUGUAUAUAUGUGUGUGCAUAUAUAUAUAUAUAUAUAUAUAUAUAUAUAUAUAUAUAUAUAUAUAUAUAUAUAUAUAUAUAUAUACACACACACACAUAUAAUAUGCUGUAAAUUGUCAGUACCUUUCAUACUCAGUUUUAAAACAAUAAUUAUGGUCAUUUGCAAAAGUUUGCAUCCACAUGGUUUCUGGGUGGAAAAAGUGAAACUCUAUUUUGUGAUUUGUUGAUCAAAACCAUUAUUCCAAGAUGGCAUGUAUUCUGCAGAAAGAGAACAAUACAACAACAAUGAGAACAGCAAGGUGUCACAGCAUUGCUGGCUCACAGCUUCAUGGUCCCGUGUUUGAUCCGGAGCUCAGGUUACUGGCUGUGUAAAGUUUCUGAGCAUGAGCUCCCCUUAUCCGCAUGGUUUUCCUCUGGGUUCUCUGGUUUUCUCCCACCUCUCAACAGCUUGCUAGUCAGUGGAUUGGCUAAGAUAGAAAGAAUGUGUGUGCGUGGUGCUCUGUGAUGGACUGACGUCCCAUACCAGUGUUCCUGGGACGGGAUCCAGACCCACUGCAACUCAGAUCAACAUAAAACGCUUACUGAAGUGAGUGAGUUUUGCCAUGAGCCUCCCUGUCUCCAGCCAUGAUUUAAAGAACAUCUGACAUGGUUAAACCUGAUGAGGGGGCCAAAUGUUACACCUGGAGGAUCCAAAGGCUGCUCAAGUUAUUAGAGAAUAUCUGUGUGAGAUUAGGAAAGGAAAUCCAAAUUUUUUCUCUGAUAUCAUUUUGUUAUUGAGGAUCUGUGAAACCUAACAUACUAAAUAGCUGCUAUAAACCUUUACCUUUUUUAUUCAGAAUUUUGAUGACUUUUGCACUUGACUAUAAUUAUAAAGUUUUUCCAUUAAAAAACCCAUAUCUCUCUUUCUGAUUUUGAAUAACAGAUUUUGUACUUAAUUUCCACAUCUUAAAAUGGUUUAUCCUUAUGCCGUUUAAGCCGUUCAUUACAAAAGGAAUAAAGCAACAGCUAUUAGUAUGUUUAAAACACUUGAUACAGCACUUACAUCACGAAAUAAAUUAGAAUUGAUAUCCAUUGCUGGUUUAUUUCUUUGCUUUUCACUUGCUGUUUUAACUUUUGAUGAAUGCAAGCAUAUUAAACAGAAUCACAGGUCAAAGCCAGCUUCUAUUUCAGGUGACUAUAGAGAUUGUCUUGCAAACCAUUACAUAAUGCCUGUUAAGGUUCAUAUUGCAUAAACCUCAAAAAGCCACACACACACUGAAAAUCUAAUUAAGGUGAUAACCACCUAAUGCUUUUCUUUCUUCUUAAAAUACACAUUAAAAUCUUUAUUUAAAUUGGAGGAGGAUCACUGAUCAGCUCAGGUUUGUUUGGUGAUUCAUGGCUCGCUGUGAAAGCACUGGAUAAGGUUACAGAUCAAAUGACUGGUGGCAGACUAGAUACAUGAAGCUGAUGGGGCAAGAGAUAUAAAACAUGAGAAGGGAGCUCCAGACAAGACUUUGGCUCACAUCAUGCCACCCAACACAUAAAGCAUUCCUGACUAUCUAUAGAUAUAUAUAUAAGCAAGCUAUGAGGACCAUUCAAGCAGCUAAUCAUCUAAUAAGGAAGCAAGCCUGGGACAGAAAGACAAGAUGGACUUGGAACAAACCUGAGGAAGAUCCAGAAGUCCAGGACGGACAUUUUAAGCAGCUUGACUCCGCAAAGGAGGGCAGUCACUCUGCGUACAGGUUUGCACCUGUAACACUGAAUGGAACUUCUCGACCAUUAGGGAAACACAGCAGCAAAGCUCAAGAUUUCCUCCUGAAACCUCGACAAGUGGUGUUGCAAAACACACAGGAAGACAAAACUAAAGAAGGCGAUGUGAACGCGCUUAUCACAAGCAAGUCACUGCCUCCGAUAUGUGGUUCAAGAGUACGUUCAGUACGUGGAGCAAAAAGUUGCGCAUCAAGUCAGCCUGCUUUACAAACGGAUAAGAAAGCAGGCGUAUCAUCUAACGGUGCAAGAAGUGUGAGGACAUUAAUAUGUAGGCAAAAGGAGAGAGCUCAGUUAACCAGCACAGUGGACAUGAUCUGCAGAAGUCUGGCUCCAUUCAGAGUGACCGAGUGCACUCAGGAUUCAGAGAGUCCUCCUCUACGGAGAGGGGAGAAGAAGAGGGCAUGGAUGAAGCCUUCAGUUACGACACAUACCCAUUCCAGUAGGCAUCUAGGUUUCGAAAAGAAGAACUUAAGCUCCAAUGACAGUGGAGUGAUAACAGAAAGGAUUAAGGACUCGGUGAGCAUGUUUGAGACCAAUCGGCACUCACAGCCACUCUCAGACUCGGCCAUUGAGACAGGAACUCAGAGCUCACACAGAAAGAGAGGAGAGGAGAGGAACAGAGGGAUGGAGGAUGAAGAGGAGGUAUAUUAUACCACUAAGAUGAUUGCGGAGUGGAUAAUCAGAGUAAACGCAAGUCUCUUCUCCCCAUUCAAGGAUGAGUUGAAUAAAACACAUCUCAAGGAGGAAGACGUGGACACUAUUAAAAUUAUCUAUGGCCAGGACUAAAGGGAAAUUUAAUCUUAGCUUUGCAAUAACAAAGGUAUCAGAUCUCAAUUUUCACUGAAAGAUAGGGAAAAGGCCACUAGGUUUUUUUUUUUUUCUUUUUUCUUUUUUUUUUUUUUCUUCAACUGCCCAGUUUUGGUGAACCUCUGCUCACUGUAGCCUCAGAUUCUUGCUCCUGGUUGACAGGAGUGAAACCCAUUGUGGUCUUCUGCUGUUGUAGCCCAUCCGCCUCAAGGUUUGGUAUGUUAUGCAAUCUGAGAUGCUGUGAUGCUUUUCUGCUCCUCACGGGUGUAAAGAGUGGUUAUUUGAGUUACUGUAGACUUCUCAUCAGAUCGAAUCAGUCUGGUCAUUCUGCGGUGACCUCUAGCUUAUCAACAAGGCAUUUUCCCCCCUGCAGAACCACGCUCACUGGAUGUUUUUUUGUUUUUCACACCAUUCUAUGUAAACUCUAGAGCCUGUUGUGCAUGAAAACCCCAGGGGAUCAGCAGUUUCCAAAAUACUCAAAGCAGCCCAUCAGGCAUCAACAACCAUGCCACGGUUGAAGUCACUGAGAUCAUAUUUUUCCUCAUUCUGAUGUUUGUUGUGAACAUUAACUGAAGCGCUUGACUCUAAAAUCUGCAUGAUUGCAUGAAUGAACAGGCCUACAGGUGUUCCUAAUAAAGUGGUUGGUGAGUGUGCUGUCAUAUAUAAUACUGUACUCAUACAUGCACUUAUAUAUUAUCAUGUAGUGAUGUGUAUUUUACUGAGACAUGUAAAGAAUGGUCCAUGUUAUUUACCAUGGAGUAAAAAAAAAUGAUAGUCAAGAUUAAUAUAAGAAGAAAUGUUUAUUUAACAAUUAUGGAAGGAGGAGCCAGUGUCAGAGCUGUGUAAAGGUCAAAUAAAGCUGUAAAACUGU